GUUUUGUCGUGGGAGGAGAUCUGCAGUGGUGGUAGGGUGAGGGACCUCUGUUUAGUGAACUUAAGAGCUGUGAGAGGAUUGUUUUGGUUAUCUCAGAGGAGAAGCUGCGACAGAUCGUUUCUUUGCCAAAAUGAAGUUUAUGAAACUAGGAUCAAAACCUGAUUCAUUUCAGACUGAUGGAAACAAUGUUCGGUAUGUGGCAGCUGAGUUGGCGACUGACAUUACAGUUAACAUUGGUGAUGUGAAGUUUUAUCUGCACAAGUUUCCCCUGUUGUCCAAGAGUGCCCGUUUGCAGAGGUUAGUCUCUACCACAGAUGAGGAAAGCAAUGAUGAAAUCUACAUACCUGACAUUCCUGGAGGCCCUUCUGCAUUUGAGAUAUGUGCCAAAUUCUGUUAUGGUAUGACUGUUACCCUCAAUGCUUACAACGUGGUUGCAGCCCGUUGUGCAGCAGAGUAUCUAGAGAUGCAUGAGACCAUUGAGAAAGGAAAUCUCAUUUAUAAGAUUGAAGUCUUCCUCAACUCCAGCAUCUUCCGUAGCUGGAAAGACUCCAUAAUAGCUCUUCAGACGACGAAAACUCUGCUUACCUGGUGCGAAGAACUCAAGCUGAUGAGCCACUGUGUUGACUCCAUAGCUUCUAAGGCCUGCAUUGACCCUUCCAAAGUAGAGUGGUCUUAUACCUAUAACCGCAAAAAGCUUCCAUCAGAAAAUGGCAUGGAACCACAGUGGAAUGGUGUCAAGAAACAUCAGGCAGUGCCCAAGGACUGGUGGGUCGAGGACCUGUGUGAGCUUGAAAUGGAUUUCUACAAACGGGUUUUAGUGACUAUCAAAACCAAAGGAAGAAUGCCUGGUGAUGUAAUAGGGGAAGCACUCAAAGCAUAUGCACUGAGAAGGUUGCCAGGUUUCAGCAAGGGUAUAAUCCAGGGUGGUGAUGUUGUCAAGAACCGGUCUUUGGUGGAAACCAUUAUCUGGCUGUUGCCCACAGAGAAGGGCAGUGUUCCCUGUAGUUUCUUAAUCAAGCUGCUAAAAGCAGCUAUUGUGCUGGAUUCUGGAGAAACGGGAAAGAGAGAGCUCAUGAGAAGAAUAGGUCAGCAGCUAGAUGAGGCUUCUGUAGCGGAUCUAUUGAUUCGGGCACCAGCUGGGGAAAUUAUGAUGUACGAUGUUGAUAUGGUAAAAUGCAUAGUGGCAGAGUUUGUGAUGCAGGAGAAGGGUGCUCAAACUGACCUACCAAUGGCUGACGAGCUUCAGGAGAUUAGAAGCCCGGGUUAUGUAUCAGAUAAUUCUAAGCUAAAAGUGGCAAAGCUGGUUGAUGGCUACCUUGCUGAAAUUUCACGUGAUCCAAAUCUUCCUCUGUCAAAGUUCGUCGAUCUUGCGGAAAUGGUAUCAAGAUUCUCAAGGCCAGCACAUGAUGGACUUUACCGUGCUAUUGACACGUAUCUCAAGGAACAUCCUGGGAUCAGCAAGAGUGAGAGGAAGAGGGUAUGCCGGCUGAUGGAUUGCAAGAAGCUGUCCGUGGAUGCAUGUAUGCAUGCAGUGCAAAAUGAGAGGCUUCCCUUGCGGGUAGUGGUGCAGGUCCUCUUUUUUGAGCAGGUCAGGGCUGCAACAUCAUCUGCUGGUGGUGGAACCACGGCUGACCUUCCUGGGAAUGUCCGGGCUCUGCUCCCACAGGAGAAUGGUGGAUCUCGUGGGAGCUCAAGAUCUGCAACAACCAACACUGAGGAAGAUUGGGAUGCUGUCCCAACUGCUGAGGAGCUGAAGGCCCUAAAGGGAGAGCUUGCAUCCUUGAGGUUGGGAGCAGGAAGUGGACGCAGUGAUAGAAAUGGGAGUGAGGAUGCUAAAAGUAGCAUUGACAAAGCUGCAGCUAGUAAGGUGAAAGGUUUACUCAUGUCAAAGAAAAUAUUCAGCAAGCUAUGGUCGAAUAAAGGGGGACAGGGUGAGAAUAGCAGCUCUGAUACGUCUGGUAGCCCCGGUUCUGCCAACCCAGAGGAUACCAAGUCCACACCUUCCAGAAAUAGGAGGCAUUCAGUCUCUUAGUACAGCCAUAGAGAGAAUUUGAUGUGGGGGGAGAGAGGGGUGGGUUUGGCUUUUCUUCCUCCCUUUGACAUUAGGAAGUUAGAACUACUGACAUCUUCCGGGGUUGACACAGGAAGGAAAGGUGCAAACUGGGAACCUUGAGCUUAAGUAGGUGGCUUUAGUGAUGCAGGUAAGACAAUCUCAUUCACUUCAUGAAAUAUGAAGCCCCUGCUCUUACUCAUGAUUCAUUUUUUUCUUUCUCCCCAUUUGUUCUUUUCUCUCUUAAGCAAAAAAAAUAUGGGUUUUGAUGAACCCAGUUUGUUGUAUCAUAAGCGAAAAGGAAAUGCUAAACUUUCUGGUUUCCAUGGUAUUUUGGUUGCCUUCCAUGUUAAUUCAAGGAAUUAGGCCCCAUUUGGUUAGAUGUGAAGCAAAAUGAAAUUUUCACUACUAAGUUGUAGAUUUGUUUUUUUAAAGUUAAUUGA